GGAGGGGUGGAAAAAAAAUCCGGUAUAUCAGUUUUAAUCGGAUCAUUUUAUUCGGGUAGGGUUUGACCUGAACCGCAGAGCUGCCAGAGCAGAACAAGCCAACCAUUUUUAUCCUCGUCGCACUCUCUCCUCUUCUCUCAUAGCUCAGUGUCUCACAUUUCGACGCUUCAAAAAAUGAGCUCUCAGAUUUUCAGAUCUGCUUCUAAGGCCGCCAGGUCUCUCCGCUCAGCUUCCGCGUUUAGGAGCUCUCGUUUUUACUCUGAAGGUCGAACUGCAGCUGCUGCUGCAGCAGUUUCUUUCAGUGGAAAGUUGCCUAUCCUAGCUUCAGCUUAUGGGAGGACUGGUUCUGGAAAUGCAUACAACGGAUGGGUUUCAGGAGCUCUUGCCCUUCCUGCUGCAGUGUACAUGCUCCAAGAACAGGAGGCACAUGCUGCAGAGAUGGAGCGCACUUUCAUUGCCAUCAAGCCGGAUGGAGUGCAGAGAAGCUUGAUUGCUGAAAUCAUAUCUCGCUUUGAGCGUAAAGGGUUUAAACUUGUAGCCAUUAAGAUUGUUGUCCCAUCAAAGAACUUCGCAGAGAAGCAUUAUCAUGAUCUGAAGGAGAGACCCUUUUUUAAUGGCCUUUGUGACUUCCUUAGUUCUGGCCCUGUUGUUGCAAUGGUCUGGGAAGGAGAGGGGGUGAUAAAGUAUGGUCGGAAACUCAUUGGCGCAACAGAUCCUCAGAAAUCAGAACCUGGUACUAUCAGAGGCGACUUAGCCGUUGUCGUUGGAAGAAACAUCAUUCAUGGGAGCGAUGGACCUGAGACAGCUAAGGAUGAGAUUAACUUGUGGUUCAAACCAGAGGAAUUGGUGAAUUACACAAACAAUGCUGAGAAGUGGGUCUAUGGAGACAAUUGAUUAAGAAUUUUGUUUUAUCAGUUUUUUUUUUUUCAGGUUAUCUCCCAUGAAAAGUGGGAGCUACAGCAUAAAAGCCGAGAAUAAGAUUAUUAUUUGAUCCGCUGUUGAGGUGACAGACAAAAUGUUCUUACAAAUGAACUUGCCAGGUUAGGCCGAAUAAAUAGGCAAAAUAAAUUUCGAUUUGAUUUAUCA